AUGGUCUACUUCCCUGGAACUGAAUAUCGCAGCCACACGAGUUGUAUGAGCGAGGCCCAAAAAUACCAAGGUGCUCUCUACAAGGAAAAGAACAACAAUAAGAAGAGCAAGACGAACAACAACCAGGCGUUCGCCCCCAAGCACGACAUGGCUCAACACGCAUACGUCGAGGACGUCCCCGAUGCCGAGUUCGAAUCUUUUCCCUACGAGGCUAGCGAUAAUGGCAACUCCCCCGCCGACCUUCUCCCCGAAGCGCCAACACCUCCCUCAGCUGCCGAGGGUCACGUCAACGUUUUUGACUUUCUCGACCCAUCAGCGACGCCGAAUGCGUCUGCCCUGGGUGCCAAGGAGCCGAACGAGGAGACACAGCUGGUGCGCUACGAGUACGAGGCCGAGGCCUAUCUGGACGAUGAAGGAGCAAUGGUUGAUGAGGAUCCGGGCGCCCUCGUGCAGUACGGCACUGGGGCCAUUCCCCAGGGCUUUGAGACUCCAGCUCCGAAGCACGAGCGAAGAAGGAAGGACGGCAGCGAGAAGAAGGACAAGAAGCGCAAGCGUCUCCAUGUCGACACUGACCAAAUGAUGGUCGACGCACCUCCUACAACCUUGGCUCACUCCGGCCUGACGGGCGGUCUGAACCGCAUGAUGUCGCGCCCUGUCUUUCCCCCUUCGCCAGAAUUCUCCGGAGGCGACGUCGCCGCACCGGCUAGCCCGCUGAAGAAGACCAAGUCUUCCAAGCACAAGAAGGAGGGCGGUAUCGGCAGCAACCUCAUGGGUCUGUUGAACAUGAACGGCACCAAGUCCAAGACCAAGAAACGCAAGGUCUCCUCGUCCGUCAAGAAGCACUCCUCCAGCCGUCACCGAUCAGACGGCGAGAAGGCUCCCAAGUUGAUCGAGUACCGACCCGGUUCCCGCGACAGCAAGAAGGGAGAGGAUGGUGACGACGAGGGCCAGAUGGUUGUCUACCGCCCGCGCGCCGACCUGUUCCUGUCCUUUAUCAACAAGGGCCCCGAGAGUGAGCGCGGUUGCAGCAUGAACAAGGCCCUCAAGCGCUUCCACCGCGAGCGCAGCUCCUCCGGAGACGGCCUCGGCAAACUCUCAGAAGAGAAGGAGCUCUGGCGCUCGCUGCGCAUGAGGCGUAACGACCGCGGCGAGAUUGUACUUUUUCAGGCCUGA